CUUUGAGCCGCUUGACCAGGGUGCUCUUCUGCCCGCUCUUGGCUAGGCCUCGCUGCUCCAGUGCAGCCUUCAGGUCGGUCACCCUUAGCGCCUGAAGAGGCUUCCCGUCCAGAGUCACCUCCUCCAGCUCCGCCAUCUUGCGUGAGGUACUCGGGUCCGUCCCGACGGCUUCGGGCAUCUUCGACUCGGUUAUUUUCGUCUGGCCGAGGCUUUGAAUCGAACCUCUUCGGAAGCCCUCGUCUCUGGCAUAACUGUAAUCGGAGCUAUUCGGCUAUCUCCGGACCUGGAGUUGAAGCGCUGGGGCACCCGGGUGAUUGAGACUGGUCGGAACCGGAAGUGCGUGGGCUGCUGGUUGGCUCUGGUUGGGGUUUUCAGGAAAUAUGGAAGCAGCUGUAGUAGUUGGAGUGGAAGGACUCUUGUGAAGAUUUCCGAGGGCUCCCAGAGAGGAAAAAGGAGGAUGCCACUGGAAUCACCUUCCUCUUCAGUUUCACUGCCCUUCCCUUCUCUGUUACCCACGGUACCAGACACUAUUACCAGUUCUUCCAUUCCUCCAAUGUCUUACAUCACCUCCCAGGAGAUGAAGUGUAUUCUUCACUGGUUUGCCAGUUGGUCAGAUCCUCAACGUGAACGUUUUCUACAGGACUUGGUAGCCAAGGCAGUGCCAGGAAAAUUACAGCCACUGCUAGAUAGUCUGGAGCAGCUUAGUGUGUCUGGAACAAACCGACCACCUUGUAUCUUUGAGUGUCAGCUCCGUCUUUGGGAUCAGUGGUUUCGAGGUUGGGCUGAGCAGGAGCGUAAUGAAUUUGUCAGACAGCUGGAGGUCAGUGACCCAGACUUCGUGGCAAAAUUUUACCAAGCAGUGGCUGCUACAGCUGGUAAAGAUUGAUAGGCAUUCAGAUUAAAGAAUAAACCACAACUGAUGGAGCCAAGGCUGUCACUGUAGUGAGAACUCAAUCAUACACAUCAGAUAUUUGGGUGUGAUAUCCCAGUGAGUUGACUGAACUUGCUGAUGAACAGACUUAUUUAUUUCAACUUUAUCAGUGUGUCAGAUGGACUCAGUAUAAAGAUUAUCCAUCAGUGCAAAUGCAGAUCAUAUCAGUCUCCUAGUGUGGUUUCCAAGAGCUGUCAAAACCUCAAGAACUUAAUAACUCCUUUGGAACUAUAACCAAAAAGAAACUACGUGUUAUAACUCAAGCCUACUGCUGGCCUGUGACAGAUAAAGAACUGUCCCCCAGAAACAGGAAAAAACAAUAAAAGGCAUUUUUACUAUUUAGCUGGAUUCUGGUUUGGUUUUACUAGCCUUAGCCAGUCAUAAUUAUGUUACAGUCUCACUCCAGUGAUUUAAUAAAAUUAUGGAAAACUAGGAGGAGAUAGUUAUUUCCUUCUUCAUACUGUUUGACUCCAACUGUAGUGAAAAAUAAAAAUACCAAACUGUA